UCUGAGCCGCUAGGUGUCUGGCGAGCUCAUAAGCAGAACGCUGCCGUUUCCUCGUCACUAUAGAAGAAGAGGCGCCCAAACCGCACCUUCGAUCAAGAUAAAGCAUGGCAAUGACCGGACAGAGCUCGUUUUCCUCCAUGAGCAACCACACCAAGGAGCGGGUCACCAUGGCCAAGGUGACCCUGGAGAACUUCUACAGUAACCUCAUCGCUCAGCACGAGGAGAGGGAGAUGAGGCAGCAGAAGCUGGAGAAGGUGAUGGACCAGGAGGGCCUGGCUGACGAGGAGAAACGUAUCCGUCGCUCCGAACAUGCCAGGAAAGAGACCGACUUUCUGCGUCUGAAGCGAACUCGACUGGGUCUGGAAGACUUUGAGUCCCUGAAGGUGAUUGGCCGAGGAGCAUUUGGAGAGGUCCGCCUGGUACAGAAGAAAGACACGGGCCAUGUCUACGCCAUGAAAAUCCUUCGCAAAGCUGACAUGCUGGAGAAGGAGCAGGUCGGUCACAUUCGUGCUGAGAGGGACAUCUUGGUGGAGGCAGACAGCCUGUGGGUGGUCAAGAUGUUCUACAGCUUCCAGGACAAGAUGAACCUGUACCUCAUCAUGGAGUUUCUUCCUGGAGGGGACAUGAUGACCCUGCUGAUGAAGAAGGACACUCUAACAGAAGAGGCCACUCAGUUCUACAUUGCAGAGACGGUGCUGGCCAUCGACUCUAUUCAUACGCUGGGCUUCAUCCACAGAGACAUCAAACCAGACAACCUGCUGCUGGAUGCCAGGGGUCACGUGAAGCUGUCAGACUUCGGUCUGUGCACGGGAUUGAAGAAGGCUCACUGCACGGACUUCUACAAGAACCUGAACCACAGCCUGCCCAGCGACUUCAGCAAGCAGACCUUUCAGAACAUGAACUCCAAGAGGAAGGCAGAGACGUGGAAGAGGAACAGGAGGCAGCUGGCUUUCUCCACAGUGGGAACUCCAGACUACAUCGCUCCAGAGGUCUUCAUGCAGACCGGCUACAACAAGCUGUGUGACUGGUGGAGUCUGGGUGUCAUCAUGUACGAGAUGCUGAUCGGUUACCCUCCGUUUUGCUCAGAGACGCCUCAGGAGACCUACAGGAAGGUGAUGAACUGGAGAGAGACGCUCACCUUCCCCCCAGAAGUCCCAAUCUCAGAGAAGGCCAAAGACCUCAUCCUCAGGUUCUGCUGUGAAGAGGAGCACCGGAUUGGAGCUGCAGGCGUGUUGGAGAUUAAGUCCAACCCUUUCUUUGAGGGGGUGGACUACGACCACAUCAGAGAAAGGCCUGCAGCCAUUCCCAUCAACAUCAAAAGCAUCGAUGACACCUCCAACUUUGACGAGUUCCCAGACUCGGACAUCCUCACCCCUACAGCCUCUCCGGUUUCUAAUCACAGCGAGGCUGACCUGAAGAACAAGGACUGGGUCUUCAUCAACUACACCUACAAGCGCUUCGAGGGCCUGACGGCGCGGGGGGCCAUUCCGUCCUACAUGAAGUCUGGGAAGAGAUAAGCUCCUGCCCCCCCCAUCACCACCACUGACCCUGUGUUGGCCCUCUUUCUGUGGGUUUUGCCCCCCAGCACCAGCAUCCCGACAUUCCCCCUUAAGCAGCAGCUCUGCUGGACCCUUGAGGGGCUGUGCUUCUGCCCUGUGGGCCAAAGCGGGUCAGAAGGACCCACCAAAGAGCCGACCUCUGCCCGCUUCAGGAAAACGACUCUACUUCUAGAACUUUUGCACACUUUGCCCUUUGAAAGUAUGAAAGUAGGAUUCCGUCUUCAUGGCGACCCACUCAGCACCUUGAUGGGAGUCGGGCCGGCUCGCUGGACUCUCUUUGGUUUUAGGUUUUAAAGCAGCUUUUAUUCCAAAAGAUGGCCGUUUUUGCUUUCUAUUGUGAUGUUCUGUUUCUGAAGCUUUUGAGUGGCAGUUGCUUCUUAAACCUCUUCACACAAACGUCUUGAAUCUCUGCUUCUACGGCCCAGGGGUUGGGGUCAACAGUGUCCCACUUGUGGACUCCAAGGCUUCUGUUCUGUUACCUUUGUUCCACAGAAACACUUUUUUUUACAGGAAAAGGACUUUAAAGCAUGAGACUUACCUGGGAGCAACGAACACACCAUCCAGAAUGCUGUCUUUAUUAUCACCAGCUAAAAAUGAAGCAGGUUUUCUGCCCGGCAACAGCAAAUUUCUGUUUUUCUUUUUCUUCAAAAGGUUUUAACUUUAAACAUAAUUUUAAUUUCUAAUUUUAAUGUGUGUUUGUGUGUGUUGGGGGGGGGGGGGUGAUUUUAUUUAAACCGCUGCUGCAGUGCACACCUCUGUAAUGUUUCUGCUGUUUGACAAUGAAGAACUCUGCACUUAAA